AUGACCCGUCUCAUCGGGGCGCUUUACCUCGCUCCGAUCGACCAGACCAAGACCCAUCGAAUCCUCGACAUUGGCACCGGCACGGGUGUGUGGGCUAUCUCCAUUGCGGAUGACUUCCCCGACGCCACGAUCCUCGGCAACGACCUAAGCGCCAACUUCCUAUCCGCCGCCCCACCAAACGUCAAGAACCUCACCCCGGGUGGCUAUGCCGAAUUCCAAGACUUCAACCUCCUCUACUACUCAGAAGACGGCACGUUAACUCUAAACCACGCCCUGCGCGAGUGGAUCACGGCCCUCUGCGGCGCAGCAGAAUCCCUCGGCCGGGACCCGAACCCGGGGUCGAAACUAAAAGCAUGGGUCAGGGAGGCCGGGUUCAAGGGGUCAUGCACCCGCGGUACAGGGUUCCCAUUGGUCAUGAACGGGCUGGAGGGCCUGUCGAUGCGGCUGUACUGCGGCGUGCUGGGGUGGCGGGAGGAGGUGAGGGGUUUGCUGACGAGUGUGAGACGGGAUCUGGCGGAUACCGGGGUGCAUGCGCUAUUCAUUUGUGAGUUCUUUGUUCCCCUUCAAGCCGGAAUGAAUAAGGACCGCUGA